AUGCCUUUCAACACAGCCUUGACGCGAAAGCUCGGUAUUCGAGUGCCCAUUGUGCAGGGUGGUAUGCAAUGGGUUGGAUACGCUGAGCUGGCCUCGGCUGUUAGCAACGCAGGCGGACUUGGACUUCUCACUGCUCUCACCCAACCCACCCCUGAAGACCUCCGCAAAGAAAUCCGCAGAUGCCGCACCAUGACCACGUACCCCUUCGGUGUGAACCUGACCCUCCUCCCCGCCAUUGUUCCCCCCGACUACGCCGCAUACGCCCAAGUCAUCAUUGACGAAGGAGUCAAGAUCGUCGAGACUGCUGGCAACAACCCAGGCCCUGUGAUCACCCAGCUGAAGAAGGCCGGCAUCAUCAUCCUGCACAAGUGCACGACCAUCCGCCAUGCCAAGUCCGCCGUCAAGCUCGGCGUCGACUUCCUCUCCAUCGACGGAUUUGAAUGUGCCGGUCACGUCGGUGAGCACGAUAUCACCAACUUUAUCCUCCUGAGCCGUGCGCGUCAGGAACUCGGUGUGCCAUUCAUCGCCUCCGGUGGAUUCGCCGAUGGCCAGGGUCUGGCCGCUGCACUGGCACUUGGUGCUGAAGGUAUCAACAUGGGUACCCGAUUCAUGAGCACUGUUGAAGCUCCCAUUCACCAGAAAGUUAAGGAGGCCAUCGUCAAGGCUCAGGAGACUGAUACUGCCCUUGUACUGCGUCGGUGGAAGAACACUUCCCGUUUGUUCUCUAAUAAGGUGGCCCAGGAUGCCCUCAAGGUUGAGCGGGAGAGCAAGACUGGCGACUUCAGCGAGAUUGGACCCUAUGUCAGCGGCAAGCGUGGUCGUGAGGUCUUCAUUAAUGGUGACGUUGAUUUCGGCGUUUGGACUGCCGGUCAGGUUAUUGGCUUGAUUCAUGACAUCCCAACAUGUGAGGUUCUGCUCGCCCGAAUUGAGAAGGAGGCACUGGAGGCAAUGAACCGCACCAGGUCUCUGUACAGCGAUGCCCCUUCCAGCAAGCUUUGA